AUGACUCACGACCAUUUCCACAAGUUCCGCGAGCUGGCUAAGUCAAUACCAAAUUCGAACGCCACAUGGGAGCGUAUCUGUGCAGUGUGCAAGUCGUAUUACCCCAACCUGCCCUUAUCCACAAACGCUCUUCGGUGCCGACUGAAGGAAAAGAAGGUGGCUCUAAAGGUGGCAGCAAGCACCCCACACAAAGCAUAA